CGUUAAGCCAAGCAGCAGAAGGGUGCGAGCAGAAAGGAGACCAGGGGAGGUCUAAUGGCACCCUCCCAGAUUACCCUGCGCUUAUUUUAAAUGCGUCGACUGACUGACGCACACUUUGGUCGCCGGCUUUCUCGGAGGAAGAUCGAGAUAAACGAGUUGUUACUCCUGUUGCACGAGAUGUGCCAAACUGUUCCGGGCCUGCACUUUUAAUGCUGACCCACCAAUGUAAAGAUGGACUGCACAUGUUUGAGACAAACAGGCUCUUGAUGCACAUCCAAAGGAUACAAUCCAGCCAAAAGACCGACCAAGCCACAGCAGAGAAAGGACUCCCAUCGCUCGUACCGCUGAUAUGAUGCUCUGCUACACAUUUGUGUACCACUUGCUCUCUUUGGCAGCACUUGCAGUAAUCGUGGGCUGCGGAGGAGGCGAGCAGAGGAGAGGGACCGACAGAGGGGCCGACGGCAGCACCGGCAGCGCAGGUGGCGGCGGCAGCACCGCAGGAAGCGGCGGAAGACGUCUACACAAGAUCCAGCAUGGCCAGUGCACCUACACCUUCAUCCUACCCGAAGGAGGAGCGGCGGGCGAAGGUUCCUGCAAGGAGGCGAAGGCCGGGGGCCCUCAGUACAACACCAACUCCCUCCAGAGGGACUCGCCGCCACCUGAGCCGGACUUUUCCAAUCAGAAGAUCCAGCAACUGGAGCACAUUAUGGAGAAUUACACCCAGUGGCUGCAGAAGAUUGAGAAUUACAUCAAAGAAAGCAUGAAAACAGAGAUGGUUCAACUGCAACAGAGCGCUGUCCACAACCACACGGCAGCCAUGUUGGAAAUGGGCACCAACCUUCUCUCUCAAACUGCGGAACAGACACGGAAGCUGACUGACGUCGAGACCCAAGUUUUGAAUCAGACAUCAAGGCUUGAGAUUCAGCUUCUGGAAAAUUCUCUGUCCACUAACAAGUUGGAGAAGGAGUUAAUGGUGCAGACCAAUGAGAUCAGCAAGCUCCAUGACAAGAACAGCCUCCUGGAGCAGAAGAUGUUAGAGAUGGAGAUGAAGCACCAAGAAGCGUUGGAGACGCUAAAGCAGGAGAAAGGGAGCCUCCAGGUUCUUGUCGGGAGGCAGAGCGGGGUUAUCAAGGAGCUGGAGACGCAGCUGAGCAGCACCACAGGAAACAGCACUGCCCUGCAAAGGCAGCAGCAGGAGAUGAUGGAUACUGUCCACAACCUACUCAACCUUUGCUCCAAAGAUGGAGUUCCAAAGCCGUUGGACGAAGAGAAGAAGUUCCGCGAUUGUGCCGACCUUUACCAGGCAGGCUUUCAUAAGAACGGAGUCUACAACAUCCAGAUCAACCAGCAAGAAAACAAACGGGUGUAUUGCAACAUGGAAACAGCUGGCGGCGGAUGGACGGUCAUACAGCGUAGAGAGGAUGGCAGUGUGGACUUCCAGAGGACGUGGAAGGAAUACAAAAUGGGUUUUGGGAGCACAUCUACAGAGCACUGGCUGGGGAACGAGUACGUCUACCAGUUGACCAGCCAAAGGCAGUAUGUCCUUCGCGUGGAGCUGACAGACUGGGACGGACACCAAGCCUUCUCGCUGUAUGAUCGCUUUCAAAUUGGCAGUGAGAAACAGAACUACAGGCUGUUCCUGAAAAGCCACAGCGGGACGGCAGGCAGACAGAGCAGCCUGGUGAUCCACGGGGCAGACUUCAGCACCAAGGACAUGGACAACGAUAACUGCAUGUGCAAGUGCGCUCUCAUGCUCACUGGUGGUUGGUGGUUUGAUGCCUGUGGCCCAUCCAACCUUAACGGCAUGUACUUCACGCAAGGACAACACGUGGGGAAGUUAAACGGCAUCAAGUGGCACUACUUUAAAGGCCCCAGCUACUCGCUACGAGCCACAGGCAUGAUGAUCCGCCCGUUGGACUUCUCCUCCUAGCCGUAAAAACCGCGGCUAUGUAGCACAUUAGUGGGACGCUUCCAGUUUUGUCCUCAUCUCAUUUCACCGGCCGGGCGUCGUAACCUCCCCCCCCCCCCCCCCCCCCCCCCCUCCUCGCUGGAACUGCAGUAAGAGCCGUGGGGAAGGAAAACAAAGCGAGGCGUGAUUUAUGCACCCCAUCACAAUAGCACACUUGCAAUUAUUUAAGGUACAAAAAUAGGUCAUGUGUGUUUAUCCCACACUGGGAAAUUUGAAUAACAAGAAACGUGGGGAUUGUUCUUUUAGGACGGUCGGAAUAGUGCAGAGCAGAGACGACUCACAAACUGCAGGACAGAACGGAUCUCUUAUGCUCUGAGGACACAACUUGUCUUUGGAAAUGUUAUACCGUAAUUUUCGGACUAUAAGUCGCAGUUUUUUUCAUAGUUUGGCCGGGCUCCAGUGCGACUUAUAUGUUUUUUUCCUUUUUUAUUAUGCAUUUUUGGCAGGUGCGACUUAUACUCCGGUGCGACUUAUCCUCCGAAAGAUACGGUAAUUAUACUUUGUGUUUUUAGGUAUUCAUCUCGUACGGCAACUGUAUACAUUAGCCACCAUCACAUGAAUGUCGUUAUUACAUUACAGUGCAUUCUACAUUUCUACGUGCGUUAGGGUUGACUUUAAAAGGCGAACUUCAUGUGUAAAUAGGAAUUAUGAUGGCAGUUAGUUAUGUAGUAGUAAUCAUUUUCCGAGUAGACAUAUUUAGCGUUUACAAAUGAAUGGCUAGUGCAAGUUAAAGUACCACUGAUAGUCACACAAUUACUCUCUGCAUUCGACCCAUCCCCUUGUUCCACCCCCUGGGAGGUGAGGGGAGCAGUGAGCAGCAGCGGUGGCCGCGCCCGGGAAUCAUUUUUGGUGAUUUAACCCCCAAUUCCAACCCUUGAUGCCGAGUGCCAAGCAGGGAGGUAAUGGGUCCCAUUUUUAUAGUCUUUGGUAUGACUCGGCCGGGGUUCGAACUCACGGGCGGACACUCUAACCACAAGGCCACUGAGCUCUGCCAUUUAAAUGAUCAAUUCUAUGAAGGAGGGUCACAGUGAAAAGAAAAACAAGAAUCAAGAUGUUAUGUUACGGCUUGAAAAAAGGGGUCUCAAACUCAACUAACCAAUGGCAAGGUAGACUCUGGGCAAUGCUAGGCCACAUAAAGAGCUCUUCAACCUUGUGACUAAUUCGUCAACAAGUACAAGUACAUGCAGAAUGCCAUUCACCAUCGUAGAACUAUAAGUGCUUUUAUCAAGAUGGUAACCAGGUUUGCAAAUGUAACAAAUUUGUCCCGUGUCAGCAUAAAGUCAACUCUCAGAUCUUCUAUUGUUCACCAAUGCUGCUGGAGUUUGGAUAUUAAUCAAGUCAAUGUAUUCUUGCAGCAAAUUGUUCACAUCAGAAUCAAAUAUUCGUUAUUAAUUAAGUUUUGCAGCACAAUCUCAUUCAAGAUCAGACAAACAUUACAGGGAGACAGAAUGGGAACGCUGACGGUUCCGCCAACUUCCGGUGCUCCUGAGAAAAAAGGUUAAGAACAGGUCAACGCUAAGGGUUGUUAGAAAGAAAAAAAAUCAGUCUAAGCCUGGGCCCUUGGAGAGGAGGUCCAGACUGAGGCCAAGGGGGGAAAAAAUGAUAGCCAUAGCACACAUAAGCAUGUGUGUAAGAGGGAAGCAUCAAAGAUAACAAAGGACGUUAAAGACAUUCAAAGAGUUGAUGCAACCAGCUAUUUCAACAAACAGCUACAAAAGUAAAAACAAAAACAUAUACACUGUGGUGGCCUCUGCGGUGUUCCGCGCCAUCGUCUGCUGGGGUGGGGGGGAGCAUAGCCAGAGACAGGAGCAUACCCAACAAAGCAACCCGCCAACUCUCGGCCAGUGUCCAGUCGGCAUGGAUGAGCGAGGACGCGUCUAAGGAGACCGAGGCGUCCGAUACACGCUCAUUCAGCCAAGACAUUGUGAAGAUUGUCCGUCCCGACAUCUAUUUGUCUUUUCGCGAGGUUCGCAUAACGACAGCAGAAUGUGGCUCCAUGGAAGGUACGGUACUGUAGGAGAGGAGAAACACAGUACGUGUCUGGUGUAAGUGCGUCUUGCUGAAAGUGUGUGUGUCUGUAUAAGUGUGUCAAUCAUUUUAGGUUCCUAUUGUAGGCACACCUGAUGUCAUUGUUGGAGUAACACGAUGAAGAUGACCCCAUUGAUGUGUGCCACUGAUAACUCAGCUUUUACCUCAUUAAACUGUAGAUUUGAUCAUUGAUUUAUUUAAACAUAUUUUGUAACAUGUGGGCAAUGUUGUGUUGCUAUCAAAUAAAAUGUGAUGCACUAUGGUUAAAA